CACUGGCUUCCCGUUCUUCUGCCUGUGGGAAUCUGGGUCCUGAGUGAAAAACACCGUCCAGGGGAGCGACCAACUUCUGCGUGUGUUUUUAUUACCGUUAUUUAUUUUUUUUCAUUCCUCCAACCGCCUCGCCUCUCUCUCAGAAAAACUUGCCCGGCCGAGAAGCGGCAGAGCGCGGCGCUGACACCGCAGCUUCACCGACGGAGACGCGGCGGAGUUGUUUGUGAAGUCGGGGUGAAAAUGGAGAGCUCAGCUGAGUGAGAGUGGGGUGAGGAGGCUGGGUUUGGCAGAGCUGCGGGUCCUGCCCUUCUGCUAGCUGCUAGCUAGCAUGCUAACACACACUCCGAAGUUACGAGAGCCUCCCUCCACUGUGAUUCUCCAGGGGAGCUGCUCUAUCUGCAGUCCGACCGCUGCUGACGCUGCAGCUUCUCCCGAUGGAUCCCAGCAGAGUUGAUGGUGUGAUUGUCUGUGGAAGUUCUGCGUGAAUCCUGAGGACGAUGAUGCAUUUCUGCUAAAGGCGACCAUACUUACAAGUUGGUUCAAAGCAGCUCUUCUCCUGAUCAAUCGUUGUUUGUGCAGCGAGGAUCCAAACCCACCGUUGCAAUUUUCUCCAUAACAUUUUAACGUCAUCUGAGAUGGGGCCCUGGUAGCUUCUUCAAGGGGUUUGAGGUCCCCCCCCCCUGGCUGCAUACAGUGUGUGGGCAUAAGACCCAUCAACACAGGUCUAUAAAAGAAAACUGUGACCCGAUGGUAAAGCACUUGCUGUGGGAGUGGAGACGCCCGACGUGAUUACCAGAAUGCAUUAAUGAGCUCCUCGGCUGUUAAACUGGACCUAAGUGGAUGUAUUGCUUGUGUUCAUGAGCUGUGACUGCUGAUGCCAGCUCAUUGGGACUUGAGGGGGUGUAAUCAGCUUUAUUCAUGAACCCUCUGACUCCGCGUGGGUACGGCCUGGAUGUUGGAUGUCCUGAGUGUGUUGAAUCUGCUGUAGCGGUGAUGAGGCAGGGCUCCUGGUGGCCUGCGUGGCUGAAUGGGCAGCGGCCCAAGGUGAUGUGAUGGGUUGCAGGAACAGUAAGGUCCUCCCUGAGCCUCCGGGGGAUGUUCAGUUGGACCUGGUCAAAAAGGUUGAUCCUCCGCAGCCCCCCCAGACAGAUAUCUUCAAGCACUUCAUACGAGGGGAUGGCACUGGAAGCAAGAUGGGCGGGGGUGGGGGCGGUGACAAGGCCGACUCCACCUCCCCAUAUCAGGCCCAGGCACAAGCUGCCACUCCUACCGCUUCCGCCCAGCCGCCCAAGGACGCGUCCGAACUGUCGGACCCUCAGCGGAAGAAGGUGGCAAAAUAUCGAGCCAAGUUUGAUCCACGGGUCACAGCCAAGUACGACAUCAAAGCUCUGAUAGGACGAGGGAGUUUUAGCCGGGUUGUUCGUGUGGAACACAAGAGCACGCGGCAGCCGUACGCCAUCAAGAUGAUAGAGACUCGUUAUCGGGAGGGGAGGGAGGUGUGCGAGUCCGAGCUGUGUGUUCUCAGGCGUGUUCGUCACACCAAUAUAAUCCAGCUGAUGGAGGUGUUUGAGACGGCGGAACGUGUCUACAUGGUGAUGGAGCUCGCCACUGGAGGAGAGCUCUUCGACCGGAUCAUCGCUCGUGGCUCCUUCACAGAGCGGGAUGCCACCCGGGUGCUGCAGAUGGUGCUGGACGGCGUCAAGUAUCUCCACACGUUGGGGAUCACUCACCGAGAUCUGAAGCCGGAGAACCUGCUCUACUAUCACCCCGGGGCCGAUUCCAAGAUCAUCAUCACCGACUUCGGUUUGGCCAGCAGCAGGAAGAAGGGGGACGAGUGUCUGAUGAAGACCACCUGCGGCACGCCGGAGUACAUCGCGCCUGAGAUCCUGGUGAGGAAGCCCUACACGAACGCUGUGGACAUGUGGGCGCUGGGGGUGAUAUCGUACAUCCUGCUGAGUGGAACCAUGCCGUUCGAGGACGACAACCGCAUGCGGCUGUACCGACAAAUCCUCAAGGGGAAGUACAGCUUCUCCGGAGAGCCGUGGCCCAGUGUGUCCAACCUGGCCAAAGACUUUGUGGAGCGAAUUCUGACGGUGGACCCCAGCGAGCGGCUCACCGCUGGCCAGGCCCUCAAGCACCCCUGGGUCGUCAGCAUGGCCGCAUCCUCUUCCAUGAAGAACCUACAGCGCUGUAUAUCUCAGAACCUGCUGAAGCGGGCGUCUUCGCGCUGCCACAGCACCAAGUCGGCACAGUCCACGCGCUCCAGCCGCUCCACCAAAUCCAACAAAGCCCGUCGGGUGCGUGAGAAGGAGCUGCGCGAGCUGAACCGUCGCUAUCAGCAGCAGUACAACGGCUGACGCAGGGAGCAGGACAGCUAAUGACUGCAGCGGACCUUGUACUUUAAGGGAAACAGCACUACAGAGACUGAUCUUUCACAAUGACUGCCACCAUUCUAUGAUGCUUCCAGUGUUAAAGGCCAAAAUGGGUUAAAAUCCCCCCAAAAACCAUUGCCUUUUUAAAAAAGAAGGCAAUAAUGUGACUGAAUCAGUUUCUUCAAGCAAAAAUCUAAUUGAGGUUGAAAAGUAACUGAGCCAAUUGAGGCGAUUGAGCAAAUCAAAGGUGAUUCCUGAUCCAUAAAGACAGUGAAAUGAAUGAGAUCCUUAUGGUAUUGUGUCUCCUGAUGAGGACACAGAAGGACACACCAGCGAAGUGUUUCAUUCCAUCAUCUCUCCGUCCGUUCCUCCACCUUCUCCUGGGCUGGACGGUGCCUUCCACUCCUUUUUUCAUUUUUGUCUUUCAAUUCCUGUGUCUCUACAUAUUUAUUUAUUAUUGUUGACGUGAUUAUUAGUCUCCAUUCAAAUGGUCACUGGAUAAUGACCUUCUGCGAGGAUCUGUUGAACAGAGUUCUGGGUACUGACGUUUCUAAGAAGAAGGGGAUACUUCUAGAAGUGGGAACCCAACCCCCCCCCCCCCUCACUCAUUCCUGAUUGAAAAUUGCUGUGAAUUUCUUAUUUUACUUAUUGUACGGACCUUGUCUUAAGAUAUGGACGAUGGAAACACACUGCAACACCACCACGCUAUUGAAGGCCAAAAUGAAGGCAUAUUUUCUAGUAGUCAAUUCAAAGCUUAUCUAAUCUUGCCAUUACUGCUCUGUUAACAUCAGUGUUCGGAUGCUGUCAAAAGAUUGUGAAGCUGUUCUGUGUUUAAUCUUAAAUGUAUUGUAUUAUACAGUCCUACUUCCUUUUAUUUUACUUGACCCCAAAGGUGUUAGCCAUUAGCCUGCCCUGCUAGAGAAGAGCAGUAUUCAAAUCAUUCAUUUGACAUAUUGGUAUGUGGGUUGAUAACGAGGAGCAUGUCGGCCAUUAAUAUGUAUGUUUUUAAAACGUGAUUUACGAAAACCUAGCAUAUGCAUUUUUUAGGAAAGAUUUUAAUUUUUCUCUUCGUGUGCACUUAAUUCUGAAUCGAUCGAGGUUUAAAGGGAGAGUUCACCCAGGAAAUGAAAAUUCACUCAUUAUCUCCCACAAAACACUUUUGGAGUUUCAGGGAUAAACAGCGUUGCAGCUGAAUCCAAUACAAUUGAAGAUAUUAGUGAACUAUCUUCAGAUGUGUAAAAACAACAGAAAAAAACGUAACAUGCCUCCAUACUGCUCGUGUGGUGACAUACGAGUGUCUGCAAAACCCGAUAUUUCAUAUUCGACUCUGAACGAGGUAAUCUUUCCAAGUUUUAAGCCUCAAAGUCUAAUAUCUUCUGACGAGGUGCAUUCAGGGACCGUUGGAAAUGCUAACGUCUGCUAGCUUAUCCACUUCUGGUGGACUUUUCUGGUGAACACGGUGGAAUUGACCUUGUUUCCAGUGGAAUAUGAAAUGUCGGGGCUUGUGGACACUUUGAUGACACCACACGAGCAGCAUGGAGGCAUGUUGUGUUUUUUCUGUUGUUUUAUUACGUCUGAAGAUAAGUCACUAAUAUCUUCAAUUGUAUUGGAAACACUUCACCCCGUGAACUUUCCCUUUUAAGAGCAGAGCUGUAGCUGAUCAAAUCCCCAACAUCCACAGUAACGAUGUUUGUUUAUAGUACAACACACUCUUCUGCUCUCUCUCUCUCUCUCUCUCUCCUCUUCUUUUUGAGUCUGAAUCUUUACCAGUACAAUACCCGUCAUGUGGAUGAUCAUCGUCCUCUCAUGAUGACGUAUUGUGACCACUGCACUACUCAGAGCUGGAGGUAUAAUAACAGUAUACUGAAAACUUUAGUUUGUGUGAUACUGUGGUGUAGUUUGAAUGAUCAGGUGCUUCACUACAGUUCAGUGCUCUGGAUUUUUACUGUCGUUUCUUUUUGUUGUGGAUGAAUUUCUAAUGAUUCCCAGAGAUUCCUGGCAUUUAAUGGUCUUGAUUCCCAAAUCUGUCAGAAACUGUGAUAUUAGUAGUAACACAAAAAAUUGAUGGGCCUCGUUUUCCUUUUUUUGUUUUAUUUCUUUAAUCUGACAAAGCACUUCAUGUACAAAGUUGAAUAGAGUUUUGUUUAGUGUGUCUGUUAUGUAUUUGUCAGUGGACUCUCAGUGUAAAUCAGAUGGUACAUUGUGGCCUUUUCUUCUUCAUAUGAGUGUUUUUGCUGUGAUCUGCCCGCCCCCCCCUGACUCAUAAAGUGAACUCUUUAACACGUACUGGAAACCUAACCGAGCCAUGUCAGCUGACCUCAGUCUUUCCUUGUGUUUUUGUCUGUCGGCCUUCGCUCGCUCCAGAAUGUCGUUUCUCUGAUGCUACUCUUUCCAUUUUCCUUGAUGUAAGGAUAUUUUUUUACUUUCCUUGUCCCUCUGCUGUCAUCUGAUCUGAUAUCUCACCUCCUGGUGGGAGAAAACUGUUAGUGCAUUUGUUUUCUUAAGACUGUAAGUGAGGCUUGAGUCAUAACUGGUAUCACAGCACUUAAACCUGAACUCUGCCUGUGUUUGAGAGAUACGUUGCCCAAGAUGUGUCCGUUGUUUCCUUUUUCACGGAGAAAAUGCCUGUGGUCAUAUUUAAGUACACAUUGUCAGUGAAGUAUCAUUGUCAUACUUUCUACAACACAGAAGCCGCCUUCAUUCUGGCUGCUGGUUCACAGAUUUCUUAUAGAGCAAAGCUUAUGUGUGAAAUCAAACAUUUUCAACCCUUUUUAAAAAGCCAUAUACAAGAAUCACAAUCACAAUGAUUUGAAAUCAUUUGGAACUCAAACGAAACUGCAGUGGCUCAAUUAGUCUGCAGCACUUCCAAGUACUUAUUGUAUGUUCAAUUAUAACCAAAAUGAGUUCAUUAGCAGUCUUUGCAGAAUGUCAGCAAGUUUUCGUUUCCUGUUUUUUACAUAAUGUGUGUGUUUGAUUAUGUAUAAAUGCUGUCCUAAAUGAAGUAGCCAACUCAACACUGUUGCCUGAAAACAGUUGUUCAUCUUUUGUUACUGUGUCAGAAUGAAUAACACUUUGAUUCCUCUACCAUUAACUUUUUUAUUUUUUUUAAUGGUAAGUUGUAUGUGCCAAUAAAACACCUGAACCAGA